AUGUCACCUCCGCCUGAUUCUGGUUCCUCUCGAAUGAACUACUCUUCAGGUCACCCUCCUUUUAAGUUAUUAAAGGAGCUUGUUAAGCCACGUGAGAAGCCGACAGCACCUAAAAAAGAGGCAGAUAUGGGAUGGCUUCAAAAACAACGUUUAAUAUAUGAUAAUAAAAUACCUGAUGAGUAUCAAGAAGAAUUAGUUCUCGACUAUAUGAUCAAGGCAGGCUAUCUCGACGCAGCAGAAUCAUUCUGUCAAGAGAUUGGAAGACCAUUUAAUGUUAAAAUGUAUGAAUUGUUACCUGAAAGAAUGAAAAUUCGUUCACUAAUUGCAAAUGGUAAAAUUGGUGAAUCGAUAGAAACUAUUCAAUGCACAUUACCCGAGUUUUUUAAGCAAAAUUCACAAAUAUACUUUAUGAUGAGACUUCAAGAAUUAACAGAAUUAAUCAGGGAACGAAAAACUCAAGAAGCAAUGGAUUUCGCACAGAAACAUAUUAUUCCAAUAGCUGAAGGUAAUGAAAGUUGUAUACCAACUAUGGAAGAAACUUUUGCUCUUCUUGCUUAUGAUAACCCAGAAACUUCUCCAUUCGGGCAUUUAUUAGAUAAAAAAAAACUACAGUCAUUAGCUUACAACGUUAACACAGCAAUAUUAAGGUUAAAAAAUUUUGAGGAUAAACCUAUUAUGGAAAAUAUAAUUAAACUUGUAAUCUUUUUUGCUGCACAAAUGGAUGACAAACCUCUAGUUGAAGAACCAGAAAUAAUGAAUGAAAAUGAUACUUUACGUUUGGCAUCAAUGCUCUUUAAUACAAUUCAAAAAGUACCAGCUGAUUGUUCUACAUUACUUGAUAAGAAAAACCAAUAA